AGUAUACCCACUUGGCCAAUCUUCUAGUUAUUCUAGUUUUAUUAAUUUAACUGAUUCUCUCCAGCCGAAUCUCUUUCAUAACUCUAGCUAGAUUAACGAUUCUCUCCUGCCGAAUCUGCCGCUUUCAUAACUCUAGUUAGAAUACGAUUCUCACGUGCCAAUUCCGAGUUUCCUCCAGUUCCAUUACACCAAUGCCCUCUCCCCAAACACCACUAGUUCCCUCUGGUCAGAUUACUCCGAUUCUCUCCUAUCAGAUCCCCUCCUUUCCUUUAGUUACUUUUAUACCGCUUGUCUCCCACAAACCCACUAGUUCUCUUAAUCUCCCACUAAUCUCUCGCACGCAUUUCCCCAGAUUUCCCGCUAGUCACACGCUCCGCCUGCCUGAGUCGCACGACAAUCACCGCGAGACUCACCCCACUAAAACUCCACUCUACUCCGCUCACACUCCACCCCUCAUAUUUCCCGAUGCUACCGUCGUAGAAACAUCCCCCAUCCCUCCUCUAAACCUCCAUACCACCUUACAUAGGAUAGGCUCCAUAUCCGUUCCUAACCCGUAGCCUCCACUAUCCUCUUAUCUCAAUUCCGUAUAAUUCUUCAGCUGCAACAGGGGAAAAAAAGUGAAUGUGAUCGCAAAAAACGUAAUCA